AUGGGUCUUGAAAUACAACAACAAUGUGUUCAGCUUUCAAAUAUUGCACUGUCUGAUACUCAUGGAGAAAACUCUCCUUACUUUGCUGGUUGGAAAGCCUAUGAUGAAAACCCUUAUCAUUACUUAACCAACUCUUCAGGUGUUAUACAAAUGGGAUUAGCUGAGAAUCAAGUUUCCUUUGAUUUGGUAGAAAAGUACUUGAAAGAGCACCCAGAGGAUUAUAAUGGUUUUAGAGAGAAUGCAUUAUUUCAAGACUAUCACGGACUUAUAUCCUUCAGAACUGCGAUGGCAACCUUCAUGGAACAAAUAAGAGGCGGUAGAGCCAAAUUUGAUCCAGAGAGAAUAGUGAUUACAGCUGGAGCAACUGCUGCCAAUGAGCUCCUAACCUUCAUUCUUGCUAAUCCUGGAGAUGCUUUGCUCGUUCCUACUCCUUACUAUCCAGGGUUUGAUAGAGAUUUAAGGUGGAGAACUGGUGUAAACAUAGUGCCAAUUCACUGCAACAGCUCUAACAAUUUCCAAAUUACACCACAGGCUUUACACGCUGCUUACAAAGAAACUCAAUCAAUGAACAUGAAAGUGAGUGGAGUGCUGAUAACAAACCCUUCAAACCCUUUAGGCAUAACAAUUCAGCGUGCAGUUCUAGAACAAAUUCUUGACUUUGUGACAGAAAAGAACAUCCACCUCAUCUCCGACGAAAUCUAUUCAGGAUCAGUCUUCUCUUCAUCUGAAUUCGUAAGCGUAGCUGAAAUUCUGGAAGCUCGUAGUUACAAAGGUGCAGAAAGAGUUCAUAUUGUUUAUAGUCUUUCAAAAGAUCUUGGUCUACCCGGUUUCAGAGUUGGAACAGUUUAUUCAUACAAUGAUAAGGUUGUAACAACAGCGAGAAGAAUGUCAAGUUUUACCUUAAUAUCCUCACAAACACAACAGUUUUUGGCUAACAUGUUAUCAGACAAGGAGUUUACAGAAAAGUAUAUUAAGAUUAAUAGAGAGAGACUGAAGAAGAGAUAUGAAAUGAUAGUAGAAGGUUUGAAAAGUGUAGGAAUAGAGUGUUUGAAAGGGAAUGCAGGGUUGUUCUGUUGGAUGAAUAUGAGUCCACUAUUGAAGGAGUCAAGUAAGGAAGGUGAAAUAGAAGUAUGGAAUGAGAUAUUGAAAGAAGUGAGAUUGAAUAUAUCACCAGGGUGUUCUUGUCAUUGUUCAGAAGCAGGUUGGUUUAGAGUGUGUUUUGCAAAUAUGAGUGAACAAACUCUUGAAAUUGCAUUGGAAAGAAUACGUAAAUUCAUGGCUAAAAGAACAAAGACAAAGAAAGAAUAA